CCUUGUCAAUGUCAUUUCAGUCGUUUGUCAAUAACAGAUGAUAAUUUAUCAACAUCUUGGUUGUCCGAAUAAAAAUUCAGUGUUUAAUUUAGCGAUAUGGAAUCCUAUGAAAGUGUAUUAUUAGUAAAACCUGAAGUGUUUGUGUUUAACAUUCCUCCCAGGUCUUCCAACAGAGGAUAUCGUGCUGCAGAUUGGAAUUUAGCUGAACCCUCAUGGACUGGACGAAUGAGGCUGAUUUCAAAAGGAAACGAACUCGCUAUUAAGUUGGAGGAUAAAAACAGCGGAGAAUUGUUUGCAAAAUGUCCUAUUGAGACAUAUCCAGGCAUAGCAAUAGAGGCAGUUAGCGAUUCUUCAAGAUAUUUUGUGCUACGUAUACAAGAUGACAAUGGCAGAACUGCGUUUAUUGGUAUUGGGUUUGGAGAUAGAUCAGAUUCUUUUGAUCUCAAUGUGGCAUUACAAGACCACUUCAAAUGGUUAAAGAAAGAAAAACAGAUCAGCGAAGAACCUGCUGGCGGUCCUUCUCUGGAUUUAGGCUUUAAAGAGGGCGAAACUAUAAAAAUCAACAUGAAAAUUACGAAAAAGGAUGGUGGGGAUAAUAAUUCAAAAAAUAAGACAAAAUCACCUUCCGGUGGUUUAGGGUUAUUACCACCACCUCCUAGUGGUAAACUACCCCCUCCCCCUGGAUCUUCUCCAUCGGGAUCACCCGCGCAUGUACCAAAAAGCGAAACAACAGUGUCAGGUGAUUCUUGGGGUGAAUUUACAUCGGCUUCUUCAAAUGAAACCCGCGCGGAAUACCAAUCUCUAUCACUUUGUGUAUUUAUAUACUAUCCAAACGUUAUGGCGGAACCUGUGUAUGAUCCAAAAUUGGAGAUUCGGAAGUUGCCUCCAAGUGUAACGAGGGAAUUAGCAAGACUACUAGAUUUUGCCGAUUAUUGGAAAGAUCUAAUGGCUAUAAUACCGAAGCAAUUGAGUUCUACAACUUUUGUAGCUGAUGUAAAACCAGAUAAUCUGCCCAAGUACAACUCUGAACAUUUCAAGAUCAUCGAACAGGCUGGUUCUGAACCUAACAAAUCCUGUACAGAAAUCUUAAUACAGGAGUGGGGUACCUCAGGAAAGAUCAGAGCCAAUCUAGGCAUUUUGAGGUACUUACUGGUUAAAGCCGAACUGUUUCAAGCAGCAGAUUACGUAUCGAAAUUAAUAAACCAACCACCUCCCCCGAGACCUGUCAAUGGACCGGCAAGGGCAAUAACUACAAACUUGCCGGGACGCGUUGAUCGACAUUUGGAAGAAAUCGAAAGAGAUUUAGAUAAAAUUAAUUAUCCCGAGAUUGCUAUUAACAAGAUUCGAAAAAAAUCUGAUGAAACAGUAGCUCUUCCUGCACAAGGCAUCCCGAAAAUUGUUAUUAGUGAAGUAGAUAACAAUGAAGGAAGAGAUUUUAAUGCGCCUGUAGUUAUCCAGAAAGAAAAACCAAAGGAACCUGUGAACCAUGUUCAAAACUCGGAUGUUAUGCCAAAUUUCUCUGUUCUUCUACAAGAGAGUGAAGUUAAAAACGAAAUUUCUUCAGUUAAUUUACCUAACAUAUCGGAAAUUCUAAAUUCUCUCGAUUCAAUUUCUGAUAAUAAUGAUCAGUCCACUAGUAACUCAUUUACACCAGCGUUUAGUCAAAUUUUAAAUAACUCUGCAAGUUUAAUAGAGAGUAACGCACCAAUACCACCUUUAUCACAAUUAUUAAGUGACCAAACUGGUGACAGUAUCCUAGAAGGUUCACUUCCCGACUUAGAUGUUCUUAACCUAAAUGAGAACAUAUCUAGUUCAAAUAUUAUUCCGAAUUUGAGUCUGUUAAACACUCAAAGCGAUCAAGCUUCAGGUUCAGUUCAAAUAUAUGACUCGGACUCGAAGAAUUCGUCUGGCAGUUCGAACAAAUGUCCAUCUCCGUUACCAAAUCUUUCGUUAAACACGGAACUACCUCAUUUUAGGUACUGUGAGUUAGAACAUGCAACAAAUAAUUUUAGUGAUACUCCUUUUAAAAGUAUAGAAGAUGAAGGAAGGUUUCUGGGUAAAGGUGCGUUUGGUUCGGUGUUUUUAGCGACUGGUCUGGCACACGAAUUUUUGGCAGUUAAAAAAAUAUUUUUGGAGAAUGUUGAAGUGGUAAACGAAGAUGAUCAAGUGACGAAACAAUUUAAGAAUGAAGUGGAGUUUUUGAGUAAAUACAAACAUAAAAAUUUGGUGUCUUUAUUGGGAUAUUCUUGCGAUGGUCCGACGUAUUGUUUGGUAUACGAGUAUGUUCCAGGGGGUACACUGUGUGAUAUAUUAAAAGAAAAUCCCCAGAAAUUACCAUGGCAGCAGAGGUUAAAAAUAUCAAUAGGAACAGCUGAGGCUAUAGCAUAUCUUCAUACAGCCUUUUCAACUCCGAUUAUACACAGGGAUAUCAAGUCUGCUAAUAUUUUAUUAGAUGGAGAUAAUAAUCCAAAGCUUGGCGACUUUGGAAUCAUAAAACUGCUACCCAAUCAGAAAACUGACACUUAUACGGCUCCGUUCGGUACUUCAGCAUAUAUGUCACCGGAAUGUCUCAGAGGUGACAUUUCCAUUAAACUGGACACGUACAGUUUCGGCGUCGUUCUAGUAGAACUGAUGACGUCAUUGCCUCCAAUUGAUACAAAAAGACAAGGGAUAGAUUUGGUAACAUACAUGCUGGAUAAAUGUGAAGAAGAUAUUGAACCCAUACUAGAUAGGACGAUAGGAUCUUGGGAACAUGACAAUAUUAAUUUGCCGAAAAGCUGUUUAAAUUGGCGUUAAAGUGCCUCGAAGACA